CCUCGCUCUCCCAAUUUGUACCUCGCAUCACCCCCGUACCACACACACCCAUUCUUAUUCCGCGGGUGCCCAGCGAGACCACAGUCAACCGCAGCACCUCUCUACACCUCUUACCUAAAACAAUCGUACGCUAAAGAAUCGGGAUCUAUCCAGCAAUCAUGGCCGUCCGCGCUCAGUUCGAAAACUCCAACGAGGUCGGCGUUUUUGCCACUCUUACCAACUCAUACUCGCUCGUCGCCAUCGGUGCGAGUGGAAACUUCUACAGCGUGUUCGAGGCCGAACUCCAGGACGUUAUCCCCAUCUGCAGAACCACGAUUGCUGGCAUGAGGAUAGUGGGUCGUCUUACAGCAGGAAACCGCAAGGGACUGCUAGUGCCCACCACGACGACAGACCAGGAGCUGCAGCACUUGCGAAACAGUCUACCGGACGAGGUCAAGAUUCAGCGCAUCGAGGAGCGGCUAUCGGCGCUCGGCAACGUCAUCGCGACCAACGACCACAUAGCACUCGUGCACCCGGAUCUGGAGCGCGAGACGGAGGAGAUCAUCGCCGAUGUGCUGGGCGUCGAGGUCUUCCGGCAGACGGUGGCCGACAACGUGCUUGUCGGCUCGUACAUGUCGCUCUCCAACCAGGGUGGUCUCGUCCACCCGAAGACGUCGAUCCAGGACCAGGACGAGCUGUCAAGCCUGCUGCAGGUGCCGCUCGUCGCCGGUUCCAUAAACCGCGGCAGCAACGUCGUCGGCGCCGGCAUGGUUGUCAACGACUGGAUGGCCGUCACGGGUCUCGACACCACAGCCACAGAGCUGAGCGUCGUGGAGAGCGUCUUCCGCCUGGGCGAGGGUCUGGGCCCAAGCAACAUCAACACCAACAUGAAGGACACCAUGGUGGAGUCGUUCUACUAAGCAGCCUCGACAUGUCUUACGAUUUGAUUCCGGGCCUCGGGACCUCUUUGUGCGGGAUGCUCUCCCGGCUCCCUUGUUCAUUCCCUUGCAUCCUCUUCUCGGGCAUAUAGGGGUAUCAUGGCAAUGUAGCCUUGUUAUGAAAAGGGUAGAUGGAUGUUGACGGGGGGGCCGUUUUUGAGGGGGGAUCUUCCCCUCGUUUUUCAACCCCGUGAAACAACCAGCUACGACACCGCUUCACUUAGGCAGCCUGCUGCUGUCUCCUUUCAUGUCUGCUCGCUUCCCCAAUCCUAGAAGGAGGAUACAACAUUUGCGCAGCGUCGAGAAAAGCAUAGGCAUAUUACGCCAUACUGGGCAGUGUGGCGUCUUUGGGAGUUAUCCCCCGUUAUUCCGAUUUCUUUUACAACUGAUUUUGUAUACUAUCUUCUUCGGAACACUGUUGCAUGGGAUCGGCGUUCUCAGCCGGGGAGGAGUUGGGCUCACAUUAUCAAGGGUUUUUUUGUUGGGUUUACUUUCUUUCCCCUUUUUUCCCCUUCUUUUUUUUCUUGUUUUCUCGGGGCGGAACAAAAGUUGGAUUCUUUGGUUUGCAUCUUGAUGAGAUGGCAUAGCAUUGCAAAAGACUUGAUAUUGUUUCUCUCCGAUUUGCAGUUUUUGUCACACGGGUGAUGGGACCUUCUGAUUCUGAAAAUGCCCGAUAAAAGUAGCACAUGGAAUUUCUCGACAGUUCUAAUUUCAUGUGCCACUCCUAUUGUGUGCAAACUUGAAAAUCCUCAACCCCGGAUAGGCAUGACGAAACUGAAGACAUGUAUGUGGAUGGAUGCGGGCUUUAGUGCCACCGAGGGCCAGUGGCGAACAGUGACUAUUAUAGGGUGCGAUAAAAAAAGGAAUCUUCUUAUUUUCCAAGCCAGAACAUAGAAUUUUCAUGCCCUUUCACAAAAUUUUAACUCCAAGAGAGCGAGAGAAAAAAAGCAAAUAACCUAGAAAGUUCCCAGACGGCGGAUAUUCGUUAGGAGGAACAAGAAAGAAAAUAAAAGAGGAAACUGAAAACAGAGGCAAAAGAACUUUGACAAGAUCAAAGUCAUGUUUCCCCACCCUUUCAACAGCUUUAUGCAUACGUGCAGAUGACCUUCCGAUGCAAAAGAGAAUAAAAAAAAAAGAAUAAUAAAACCUCCAAACAGAGGGUUUUGUGGAUAUAAUCAGAACGCCAACUUUGCU